AUGAAUUUUCUUGCUGUUCUUGCAGUGCUUAUGAUGAAAUUUGUCGGGUUUCAAUUUAAUCUUCUAGUUAGUUUUUUCACAUUUCCAAUUUGGUUUUCAUAUUUUCCUGUCAUGUCUUUCAUAUUUCCAUUGCAAGCUAUAAGGCACAUUAGAUGUUAUUUGAGGAGAAAACUAUUCAGAAUGUGGAAUGAUGCUAACAAAACUAUUAAAGUGAAAGCAAAGAAGUCGAUGGGGACUUUGGCACUGAGGUUUGGUUGUCCCUUGAUUUGGUCAUUCUAUGUUUGUUUCAUGCUUGUCGGGUUGCUAGUGUCAGGACUUCUUUUCGGGGGUUUCAUGAUGCGGUGCCUGCUGGAGAAGCCUAUCCAGGCAAUAGAAACCUUGAAUUUUGAUUACACUAAAGAUCCAGUUGCUUUCGUGCCAAUAAUGUCUUCUGCUGUUGUAGGAGAUCCUUCCAGCCUCAUUCCUAAAGAUGAUGUAAACUCUGGGAAGGACAUUGGUCCCCGUGUUAUACCCUAUAAUCGGAGAUUGCAGCUCACUGUUUCCUUGACAGUGCCCGAAUCUGAAUAUAACAGGAAACUCGGAGUCUUCCGGGUGAGGGUUGAGUACCUGUCUGCCAAUGGCAAAGUCAAUGCUAGCUCAAGGUAUCCAUGUGUGUUACGAUUUAAGAGCCAAGCUCUCCAUCUUGCUGAAACCAUCAUCAAGAGUAUUCCUCUUAUCACUGGUCACCAAUCAGAAUCUCAAGUCCUGAACAUACAAAUGAACAAAUUCACUGAACGACUAGAGCCAACCGCAUGCUUGAGGGUGAUACUUGAACAACGAGCAGAAUACCAACCUGGUGCUGGUAUUCCUGAAAUUUAUGCUGCGUCCCUAGUGCUUGAAUCUGAGCUCCCUCAAUUGAAAAGGAUGAUUUGGUGUUGGAGGAGAACAAUUCUCGUAUGCACCAGUAUUAUGUGGUCCCUUGCUGAGUUGGUGGCCAUCCUGCUCUUUUGCAUACCAAUGAUCAUACCAAUUACCCCAUUCUUCCAUUGUUCGAAGAUCAACCAAGAAGUUACUUGAGGCUGUUCUGCUUUCAUAAAACCCAAAAUCUAUGCCUUCUUUUGCAACUACAAUCGACUAUCCCAUCAUUUCCCGGCUCUUUCACUU